AUGUCGCGCAGUAGUUAUGAUCGACACCUGACGAUCUUUUCGCCUGAAGGCCGUCUCUAUCAGGUGGAGUAUGCAUUCAAAGCCAUUAGUGGUGCUGGUAUCACAGCUGUCGCUGUGCGUGGCAGAGACACCGUGGUCGUGGCGACUCAAAAGAAGUUACCUGACAAGCUGAUCGAUGCCUCGACGGUGACACACAUUUUCAUGAUUACGCCCCAAAUCGGCUGCGUUGUGACGGGAAGAACGCCUGAUGCGCGGGCGCAAGUGCAGCGCGCGCGCUCGGAAGCGGCUGAGUUUCAGUACAAGUACGGAUACCCCAUCACGCCCGAUUUGCUUGCCAAGCGCCUCGCUAAUAUCAAUCAGGUGUAUACGCAAAAGGCGGCGAUGCGGCCGCUUGGCAUUGCUAUGAUUUUGAUUGGUCUGGAUGAUGAGCAGGGUCAGGAACCGCAAAUUUUCAAGCUUGACCCGGCGGGCCAUUACGUGGGAUACCGUGCUACGGCGAGUGGGACGAAGCAAACUGAGGCGAUCAGCUUUCUCGAAAAGCAGUUCAAGCGCGUGCCAACAGCUAUGGCACCGGAUGCGGCGCUGGCGGAGGCAGAGAACAUGGUCCGUGAGCUGUCUCGUGAGGACGUACUGGACAUGGCCGUCAACACGCUCCAUACCGUGCUGGCACAGGAGCUCAAGCCCAGUGAAGUGGAGAUUGGUAUCGUGGGUGGCCCUGCUGUGCGCGACCCAUCGGCUGACCCACGCGAGGCUGAGGCACAGCGUCGGUUCCGGACGCUGGGCGAAGCGGAUAUAGUGCAGAUUCUCGAGCGCCUCGCCGAGAGGGAUUAG